AUGAACAUAUUUUCAUCAUGGGCAUCUUCUCGUUCAACAAUGCUGAGAUUUAUUGCCCUUUCAUUAAGCUACACAAUUUCAUUAUUUAUUUUUCAAAAAGGACUACUUGUAAAACGACAUGUUCUUCCAUUAAAAAGUUCUUGUUUAGACAUUGUUAGUGAAGAAAAUUGUUGGAUUAAACCAAAAUAUAACAAAAGUAUUCUUUUAAUUAUUGACGCUCUUCGAUUUGAUUUUAUUUUUCCUUAUGAAAAUUGUAUGGGAAAACAACAAUUAAAAGGAGAUGAAAAAUAUUAUCAUGGACAAAUGCCAAAAAUUGCCAGACUUCUUCGUGAACAACCUGGAAAUGCUCUUUUGUUUCCCUUUAUUUCGGACGCCCCAACAACAACAUUUCAAAGAAUUAAGGCUUUGGUUACUGGAAGUGUGCCUGCAUUUAUUGAGGCUGGAGACAAUUUUGAUGGAACUAAAAUUUCUGAAGACAAUAUUUUGGAUCAAUUAUUGACUAGAGGAAAGAAUGCUACACUUUUGGGAGAUGAGACUUGGUUGCAGCUUUUACCAGACCGUUUUCACAGACAUUUUGAAAAGCCAAGCUUUGACAUUAUGGAUUUGGAUACUGUUGACGAUGCAGUUAUUGCCAACAUUUUCGACGAAAUUGACCGUUCUGAUUGGUCCCUAAUAAUUGCCCAUUGUCUAGGCGUUGACCACGCCGGUCAUCGUUAUGGACAGGCACAUGCAGAGAUGAGCAGAAAAUUGUUACAAAUGGACAGAUUAGUGGAGGAUUUGACUGAAAAAAUGGACGAAGAAACUAUUUUGUUUGUAUUUGGUGACCACGGAAUGACUUCAUCUGGAGAUCAUGGAGGGGAUAGUUUAAAUGAAUUAAGUACUGCUUUGUUUGCAUAUACUCGUCCAAAAGGAAACGAAUCAGAAAAACCUUUCUCUGCUGAAUUUGACUGUUCUGGCAAAUUUUGGUGUGGAGUUGACUCGGUUUCUCAGGUAGAUUUAGUUCCGACAUUGUCCUUACUUCUUGAUUUACCAAUUCCAUAUCCAAAUAUUGGCCAAAUAAUUAAACCUAUUUUUGGGAAUGAUUCGUCUAAUUUAUUUCAACAACUGAAGUUAAAUGCUUUUCAAAUGUUUCGAUAUGCACGUGAAUAUGCCAAACAUCAAAUUGAUUUGAGGGAUGAUCUAUCAAAAAUUUCUCGUCUAUAUGAAAGUACAACAAAUACAGACGACUUGACACAAACAAUAAAAAAUUUAAGCAAUUUAAUUCGUUCUUCAUUAGACCAAUUUUAUUUUGAAUUGUGCCUUGUUGGAAUUUUUUCUUUGGUGGAUUCUUUAGCUUUUAAUUGUUUUUUAAUUUUUAAUGCAAAAAAUACGACGCCUUUCUUUCUUUGGAUUUUUCGUUCUGCAAUGCUUUUAUUACAGCUCAGUCUAAUUUUUGCAGAAAAACCCGGUAAUGACCAAUUAAUAUAUACAACUACAAGUUUAUUUGUGUCUCUAUGUUAUUUUCUACUUGUAUUUUUAUUUGGCACUUCAAUUCGAAUUAAAUUUAAAUAUUUUAUUUCUUUUUUAUUUUCAAAUUUUCAAUUUUUUGGACAACUAAUUUUGGGUUUUCUUGCAUUUUCAAACAGUUUUAUUAUUUAUGAAUCGGAUGUUUUACAAUUUUCUAUUCAAUCUUUAAUUUUAAUUGCUUUAAUUAAACAAUUAAAUAUUUACAGGUUAAUUUUUGAAUUUUUUAAAAAUAUUUUAUUGAGAAAAUUGGAAAAAUUCUUGACAAUUUAUUUUUCAGAAUAUUUUUUUUUCUUAGAAAUUAUUAAAACUUUAUUCCUAUUUUUGAGGGAAAAUGUUAUUGUGUUCGAGUUCUGUGGAGAAUUCUCAAUCUACAGACUUUCAUUUAACUUCAAAAUGUUUAUUUUUCAUAUAAUUGUUGUUUUUCCAUCUUUAUUAAUUCUAAAACAAUUUGAAAGUUGCAGAGAAGAGCAGGUUUUAUGCUACACUUUUAUAUUUACAACAGAACAAUUACUUCCUUGGAGUAUUUUAGCAAGUUUUGUUUCAACAUUCUUUUUAUUGGAAGAUAGAUGGAAAGCAUUAAAAAUAACUAGAUUUUUUGUUUGGCCGUUACUUAUUCUUCUUUAUUUACAUUGGAUUUUUGAAUCUAUGGUUAUGACAAUGAAGGGAAAGGUAAAAGAAUUUAAUGGAUAUUGGGGGGUGGGGGAAGGAUAGAUAGAAAACUGAUAAUGGUAAAGGAGAGAUAAGACCGAGACGUGAUCUCGAUCAAAAAUCUCGGUUAUCGAGAUCGAUAUUUUUUUGUGAUCUCGAUUCUCAUACUGCACUCCCAGUCCGGUUUUUAGUGUAAAGAGCUUUUGUGUGAGCAGAAUAAUGUAAAACAGGGAGCCCUCCGUCCCGGGGGAUGUUAAAAAUAGACUAAGAUAAAUUGCGACACAUAAACGAAAAAUUUCAUAAUCACC